AUGCCUGACCAUCUUGGAGCUGACAUGCGAAAGCAGAAGAAGGAUGUUGAUGCAGAAGAUGACAAACCAUUCCAAGCACUUGAUGAAGGUGAUAUAGCAGUGUUGAAGCGUUAUGGACAGGGACCGUACGCCGAACAACUUAAACAACUGGAAACUGACAUUGAAGAAUCGAAAAAACUCUCCGGAGUCAAAGAGUCCGACACCGGUCUUGCUCCACCAGCAUUGUGGGACAUUGCAGCAGAUAAGCAGGCUAUGCAACAAGAACAACCUCUUCAAAGGAAAAGCCUGACGUCACCUACGCCGAUGUUGUGUUGCCAAGGACCAGAUAAAACUCGGGAGGCUUUAGAAACUCCUCUUCUACAUCCGGAGCGAUUCGUUAAUCUUGGAAUUGAACCACCUAAGGGAGUGCUGUUGUACGGUCCUCCAGGAACUGGUAAAACGCUUUGUGCCCGCGCAAAUCCGAUGCGUGCUUUAUUCGAAGUCAUCGUUCUGACACUGGUGCAAACUACGCUCGAGAAGGAGCUCGUAUGGUUAGGGAAUUGUUCGAAAUGGCCAGAUCGAAGAAGGCGUGCCUCAUCUUUUUCGAUGAAAUUGAUGCCUUUCGACGAUGGUCAAGGAGGUGACAACGAAGUGCAGCGUACAAUGCUGGAGCUUAUCAACCAGCUUGAUGGUUUUGAUCCAAGAGGAAAUAUAAAGGUGCUCAUGGCAACAAAUCGACCAGACACUCUCGAUCCUGCUCUGAUUCGCCCGGGUCGCUUAGAUCGCAAGAUUGAAUUUGCUUUACCAGAUUUGGCUGGAAGGGCUCAUAUCCUAAAGAUUCAUGCGAAACAGAUGAGCGUUGAAAGGGAUAUUCGUUAUGACCUACUCGCCCGGUUAUGUCCAAACAGCACAGGUGCCGAAAUACGUUCUGUGUGCACUGAGGCUGGAAUGUUUGCGAUCCGGGCUCGUCGCAAGGUAGCAACAGAAAAGGACUUUUUGGAGGCAAUCAAUAAGGUGAUUAAAGGGUAUGCGAAGUUCAGUGCAACACCGAGAUAUCUUACCCACAACUAA